AUGACGCCUAAAGCUCGGGCUGUAGAUCAGAAUCCAUUUGAUCUGCUGCAGGAACGGAUAACUAGCUCACGCGCAGGAGCUAUGGGUCUCAUCGGAUCGGAUCGGUCGGUUGAUCGUGCCAGUGUGCCCAGUGUUCUCAUAACGCCCGGCCAUGCACAAGGGCAGAUGUCGACACUGGCAUGUGCCAAUGAGCCGACGAUAUCGAAGGAAACAUCAGACUUUCUCAUUAAACUUCCGCCACCGAAGCCGAGAGCUGAGCCGAAAGAUGUAACGCGCAACACGGGCUCGGCCCGCGGCUGUCUCAGAGUACAGGUAAUAGAGGGACGCAAUCUCACGGUGGCAUCACAAACAUUGUCUCAUCCCUAUGCAGUGCUGCAGUUCGACAAAAACGAAUACAUUGGCAAACACAUCUCAAAAAUGGCCGUGGGUGCCCACCCCGUAUGGAACGAAACAGCCGCCUUUGACGUUACUAUAGAGAACCAGAGUCUGCAUCUAAGCGUGUAUGAUCGAAUCGGUGACACAGAAGAGCUUGUGGGGGCUUGCGAAGUAUUUCCUCGCCUAUUUCACCGUUCAACAACCAAGCGCUGGUACACACUUUACCUGCUGAAGGACGAUGGUGAAGAGCAGCUUGUGCGCGGCGAUGUGCAGAUUCAAAUGGAAUAUGAGCGUUUGCCCCUACGCAAGCUUUCGCCAAGAGACUUUGAGUUUCUCAAACUCAUUGGACGUGGCACAUUUGGGCGUGUGUUCCAGGUGCGUAAGAAAGACACGAAGCGAAUCUAUGCGAUGAAGGUGCUAUCGAAGCGUGAGAUUGCGCUUAAGAAGGAAGUCACACAUACCAUGGGCGAACGCAAGAUCCUAGAAAAGAGUCAGGACUGUCCCUUCCUUGUCGGCCUCAAGUUCAGCUUCCAGUCUGAGACGGAACUGUUUUUUGUCACGGACUACAAGUCGGGUGGCGAGCUGUUUUGGCACCUGCAGCGUGAAGGGCGCUUUACAGAAGCACGAGCGAAGUUUUAUGUCGCCGAACUCAUUCUUGCAUUGGAGCAUCUACACAAAUACGGCAUUAUAUACCGGGAUCUGAAGCCGGAGAAUAUCCUGCUGGACGCCACAGGUCAUGUUGCGCUGUGUGACUUUGGGCUUAGCAAAGCAGAUCUUGGCGCGGGACAGCUGACCAAUACGUUUUGCGGCACGACGGAAUACCUUGCGCCAGAGAUCUUGCUUGACGAAAUGGGCUACAGCAAACUAGUAGAUUUCUGGUCGCUCGGCGUGCUCUUGUUUGAAAUGUGCUGUGGCUGGUCUCCAUUUUAUGCUGAAGACACACAACAAAUGUACCGGAAUAUCUGCUUUGGAAAAAUCAAGUUUCCAAGAGGUGCUAUCACUGACGAUGGCAAGCAGUUUGUCAAAGGUCUUCUAAACCGAAAUCCGAAACAUCGUCUUGGAGCUCAAAACGAUGCACAAGAUCUGAAAGAUCAUGCGUUUUUCCGUGAUAUGGACUGGGAUGCGCUUGCACACAAGCGGAUCCCACCCGUGUUCAAGCCGCUCGUCGAUUCGAAUGAGAGUGUGGCUAACUUUGAUCCUGAAUUUACGAAUGCUAACAUCAGCGAAGUCGCUCGAUUUGCUUUUCAAAACGAAGAGCCACUGGAUGAAGAGCUCGAUGAUGCCAUGAAGAAAAAGAUGCACUUGACGUCCUCGGCAAAGAAUGGGGUCGAUAUACAAAAGCAUGAGCGAGGCAAAACCGACGAACUUCUGUCGAGCAGUGUACAGGAAAAGUUCCGCGGGUUCAGCUACACUGGAUCCUACGAAGACUCGUCAAGCAUAAUGGAGCAAGGUGUACAUGCAAUUGACUGGGGCCGGGAGCCUCGUGAUGUAUAG